UUGUAAUCAUCCAUAAUAAGAAAACGUGUGGAAAACGUUAAGAUACAUUUAAGUGAAUCUAUUGAAGAAAUUAAAAGAUUUGUAAAAAAUUCUAUAUUAUCAGUGUUCAAUUCUUUUUGUCUAAUAAUACGCAAUACAUAAUUUUUUAUAUAAAGUUUGUAAUUUCAAUAAUACAGAUCAUUUUAUCAUCGAAACAAUAUGUUUAAUCAAAGUGGGACGAUACGAUCAGGAACAGCCUCAUCAUCGAAUCCUAUGCAAGAUUUUGAGGUUGUGUCACCACCAGAUGAUUCUAUUUCUAGUUUAAAGUUUAGUCCUGCUUCAUUACAACAGAAUUUUCUUGUUGCUGGUUCUUGGGAUUGUAAUGUUCGAUGUUGGGAAGUUGAACAAUCUGGUAAAACAGUUCCUAAGUCAAUACAAUCUAUGGCAGCACCUAUACUCGAUGUUUGUUGGAGCGAUGAUGGAACAAAAGUAUUUAUGGCUUCAUGUGAUAAAACUGCUAAAUGUUGGGAUUUAGCUUCAAAUCAAAGUAUUGCAGUAGCAGCUCAUGAUGCUCCUAUUAGAACUUGUCAUUGGAUUAAAGGAACUACGUAUUCUUGUUUGAUGACUGGUUCUUGGGAUAAAACAUUAAAGUUUUGGGAUUUAAGAAAUCCAAAACCAGCGAUGACACUUAAUUUACCUGAAAAAUGUUAUUGUGCUGAUGUAGAUUAUCCAAUGGCUGUAGUAGGAACAGCAGGACGAGGAUUAAUUGUUUAUCAAUUAGAAGGAAGUCCACGUGAAUUUAAACCUGUUGAAUUAAGUUUAAAAUAUCAGUAUCGAUGUGUAGCAAUUUUUAGAGAUAAAAAGAAAAUACCUACUGGCUUUGCCAUUGGAAGCACAGAAGGACGUGUAGCUAUACAUCAUUUAAAUCAAAGCAGUAAAGACAAUUUUACAUUUAAAUGUCAUAGAACAAAUGGAUCUCCAAAUGGUUACCAGGAUAUUUAUGCAGUAAAUGAUAUAGCAUUUCAUCCUGUUCAUGGUACAGUAGCUACAGUAGGUGCAGAUGGUACUUUUGGUUUCUGGGAUAAAGAUGCUAGAACAAAAUUAAAAUCAUCGGAAACAAUGGAACAACCAAUUAUACGCUGUUGUUUUAAUCAUAAUGGACAAAUAUUUGCUUACGCAGUUUCUUAUGAUUGGUCAAAAGGUCAUGAAUAUUAUAAUCCAGCAAAAAAAAAUUCUAUAUUUCUUAGGCCAUGUUAUGAUGAAUUAAAACCAAAAGCAUCACCAUAAUUAUAAUUAAAAUUUCAUUGACAAUUUUUAUUAUAUAUGCUUGUAAUUUUAUUAUGCCUGUCUGAUAGUAAAUUAUAUUAAGAAUUA